GAGAGAGACCGAGAGAGGAAGAGAGAGAGAGAGAAGCUAGAGGAAGAGAAGUGAGUGUGGUCAUCUCAAUGGUCUCUGCUGUGGUCUCUACUGUAACACUGAAUCUGAACGGAAUGGAGGGAUUAAACGGAGGGAUCUAAAGCUUUUGGAGGAAGCAGAAGAACGACUGACAAAAGAAGGAGUAUUUCAGGAUCGGGAGAGCAGCAGGAUUGAAAGGAGUCUAGGUGGUGGUGUCCAUGGGUCCCGUCAUGCCCCCCAGUAAGAAGCCUGAGGUGUCUGGCAUUAGUGUAGCCAGCGCCAGCAUGUCCCACCUCUACCAGACCGGCUCGCUGUCCCGCGCCCUGCAGGAGGCUGAGGAACUUGACCUGGUCCUCCCCGUCCACCUGGCCCUCCCCUUGGCACCCCUCCCCGGUGGGGCCGCCAAACCAGAGAAAGGCACUGCCACCCCGGGUAUGGAGGACGAGGAGUUGACCAACCUCAACUGGCUCCACGAGAGCAAGAACCUGCUCAACAGCUUCGGAGACCCCGUGCUGCGCAGCGUCAGCCCUGUGGGAGGCGAGGGGGGCGGUACCCGCGACGGGGACCCCGACGACACCCCGCCGUCGCCGUCGAUGGUGGGCGGGGACCUUCCAUACGAUGCCCAGCGCAACCCCAACUGUAAGCCGCCCUAUUCAUUCAGCUGUCUGAUUUUCAUGGCGAUUGAGGACGCUCCGUCCAAGAGGCUGCCCGUGAAGGAGAUAUACAACUGGAUCCUGGAACACUUCCCCUACUUCGCUAACGCUCCCACAGGCUGGAAGAACUCUGUCAGGCACAACCUGUCCCUCAAUAAGUGCUUCAAGAAGGUGGACAAGGACAGGAGCCAGAGCAUUGGGAAGGGGUCCUUGUGGUGUGUAGACCCUGAGUACAGGCAGAAUUUGAUUCAGGCGUUGAAGAAGACACCUUACCACCCUCACGCCCAGGUCUUCUCUACUCCCCCCACCUCUCCUCAGGCAUAUCAGAGCAUGUCCAGUCCUCCUAUAUGGCCAGGGAGUCCCUUCUUCCGAAAAAAUGGAGGGGUCCUCCUGCAAGUCCCUCAGGGAGUGAUCCGGAACGGAGCCAGGAUGAUGAGUCAGGGCCUUUACCCAGGAAUACGACCACUGCCCAUCAACCCCUUAGAGAGCAGGACAGCCGCAGUCAGAUCUGUGCUGUCCGGAGGCUGUCGGAAGCAUAGCAUCAGCCAUCCCGCCUGCGACUCCCCGUUGGUCAGCAGCGACCCCAAGGAGGACCACACUUACAGCACCAACCAAUCGGAUGACGGCAGCGACUACACUAGCGACUCCAGUCUCCGCAGCAACGGCCCCGUCGCCCGGGAUGUCGCCAACGAUUCAGACUUCGACGACGAGGAUGAUGAAGAUGACAAGAACAAGAUUCAGCUGGAGAUCAAGAAAGAAGAGCCACGCGAUUGGCCCAUAGACACGAUAGACUCCGCCCUUUCCAGCCAGCAGCACAACAAGAAGCGGCAUCACUUCCUGAAAGCCAAGCAGCGGAUGGGUGUGGCUAGUGAUACGCUCCCGCUGAAAAAACGGCGCACGGAAAAGCCGCCGGAGAGCGAUGACGAGGAGAUGAAGGAGGCAGCGGGUUCGCUGCUCCACCUGGCGGGCGUCCGCGCCUGCUUGAACAAUAUCACUAACAGAACCGCCAAGGGCCAGAAAGAGCAGAAAGAACCCACGAAAAACUGACCCAUGAGACUUGAAAGAGAGACUUAGCUGAGAGAGUGAAGAUUUUCAAAGAAAAAAAAGGAGAGCGAGAGAGAACGGAAAUACAAAACAUCACUUUUAAUAUAGAAAUGUAUGCUUUCUUUUUUUCAGGAUAUCAGGUGAAUUCUGAAUGAUUUGUGGCAAUAUAAAAAAACAAUCACUUUGUUUUCCUGUAUUUAAAGUUACUGUUUAUAGGGUUGAUUUUCUUUUCUUUACAUUUUUUUUAAUUAUUUUUUAUUUGUUUAAAGGAGAUUAAAGCCAUAGAUGAACCUUUUUCUGAUAUUCAGCUAAGUUCGCAGGUUUCCGUUGGCUGAAAGUAAAGUGAGCGAGAGAAAAAAAAUAGCUUUUUGAAAAACUGCCCCAUCAUGGAUUGGCUUGGAUGUGUGAAUAGGAGAUCACCUUGUUCAUGUCAAAAUGUGCCCAAUCUGCAGCUAUUGCCCUUUACAGUCUCAUCAGAUGCAGCUAACACUAAGUACAUUUCUACAAGCUCAUAACUUGUUACUUCAGUAGAAUUUACAGGUAAAACGUUAUUAUGAGGUGCUUAUCACAAACUAUUUUGUUUUUACAGUGAUAUACAUCAUUCAAAUGAAAUAAAGUUAGUAUUCAUGUUCAGAUCUUAACCAUUGGUGUCUAUGGGCUACAUAUUUCAGUUAGGAUGUGACCAUAUACAUAAACUUCACAAUAACCAAGCACAAAUCCACAUGCUAUACUGGCUAAAGCAAUGUUUAUAUUAGUUAACUAUUCCACUGAAGUAACACAGGUAUAUGCUGACAUGGAUAGGAGUGCCACAGAUACACAUUGUUUGGCAAACUAUCCCCUGUGUUGGGUACAAAACUUUCAAAAACAAUGGCAUUCUAAUUUGCCUUGGAACUUCCGGUGCUAAAAAGGCGGCUAUAAAAAAAUACAUAUAUAAAACCAAGUUUGCCAGCUCUGUCUUGUCUGUGUGCAAGGAAGCUGCCACAGAAAAAAUGUUCCAUGAAAUUCUGGGAAAUUGUUACCUUUGUGACUAUUAGCCUAGCCAACCCCAUAGAAGAGACACUCAUCAGUAGCGUAGCCAAGCUCAUAGAAGUAACACUAGGUAGUCAGUUUAUGUGUGUCAGUGUUGGGACAGUGCCAAAGAGAAACUCUUGGUCAGCCCAGUGAUGAUGGUAGCACUUCCUUAGCUAACUGUCUUUCUGACCGCUAAUCACAUUUAGCCACCAGCGCUAGCUAGCGUGCCAAUGCGGAGGGGACAGUUAUGUUUUCACCUUAAUGGUUGACUGUAGGACUGUAGUGGGAUGAAGGACACUGGUACAAGUUAGAUGUAGGAAAGGCUUCGUUUUUUGACAGGGUGUUCUCUAAAUGUAAACUAAUUUAGUUCGCUAAAAGCCAUAAGCUAAUAGUCUAGCAAGCACUUAUCGGAGAGGGAAAUAACUGACAAUAUGUCAAGAUAACCUCAAAACUGCCUGUGUCCUUUUAUUAAAGCAAUCAACGUGAAUCAUUGAGUUAUAAUCCAGUGACAUGAUGUAGUGAUAUUUUUCCUGUGGCACAAACACCUGAAUACCUUCAUUGGUUGGAAAGGAAAUGAUGCUAUGGAACCUGCCAAUUAUAUUUUGUGUGAGAAGAAUAAUGAUAUGACUGUGGAGUUGUUAAUUUUUGUGGGGGGGUUUUUUGUGUGUGUUUACUUACCCACUCUCAUGACGUAAUAAAGCAAUUUCAUCCAGUCAGGAUAACACUGUAUAAAAAGUUAAACUAGAUUUUGAUUUUCUUUUGAAGCAAUGUAGCCAGCAGGAUUUUUCCAAAUCGUGUUGCAUGGGUUCUGUAAAGAAAAAGAGAAAAAACUGUUUUCUAUUCAGACAAAGUUCAUGUUAGGUAAAUAAUGUAUUUAGCAUGAAGCAUGAAUUAUUUUCAUAUAAGUAUCCUAGCGAACAAAAAGGUUCUGCCUCGAGGUUCUGCGCCCAUAGGUGUGGAAUCCUUCCCUGUUGUUUUGUCUUUUUCUUUUUGACUUGAUGAUUUGUUUCCUGUCGUCCUUACUCAUCUUUGUUUUAACAGUGGGCUUUGAAAAAAUACAGUAAUAACAUCUUGUUCAGGGACAAAAAGACGGUAUGUGGGGCAAAUCUCUUUCUGCAAUAUGAGGAUAACUCGCUCCACCCGUGGAUACAGGGCUAGAUAGCAACUCCCUUCAUCCAUAGUUGACAAAACCAGAAUGUCCCAGUGUUUGUACGUAGUCGCUAGAUGGCCAUGCUAGAAAAGACAACAUUUUAAAAACUUCUUGGCAUGAAGAUCAGUUAUUUGUGGACUGAAAGCACCAAACUUUCAGCGUACCUCUGUCCUCUCCAGCAUGGCCGUAUAGUGACCACUGUGUCUGAUGGGUUCUCCCUGAUGGCUGAAUGUUGGAGCCCAUGUGAUAAAAGAGAGGUUAGGUAGUGAGUGUCAGUCUUCUGUCGUCCCCCCCCCCCCUUCUCUGUGCCUGUUCUUCCAUCACCUCUUUCUUUUCUAAGGUUUUAGCCGUCUUUGAUAUUUCAGGGUCUUCCAUUUUUCAAUGACACACGAGUUUAACCGAGUAAGUGUUUUUACGUUGUUGUUGUUUUGGGUUUAUUUUGUGUCCCUCGCUGUGUUUUUGCCAUUUCUACUCUAGCAACUCUUCAGGUCUUGUUGUCAGUAUUAUUAGGCAGGCUACCAUAGACUCGUUGCACAUGAAAGUAACACAAAGUAAAUGACACAGUACGAUGGCAAGAUAAAUACAAACUCUAUAGUGCAUAUUUUCACAUUAUCUCGCCAGAUUGCACUAAGAUAUUAAAAUAAAGAUAUUGUCUAAGUUCAGUGCCAAAGCCUGUAAUAAUUCCUUAUCUACCUGAAAUAGAGGACACACAUAUUUGAUCUGUAUGUCAAGACAAAAAAUGACCAGUGAGCUGUAGCAUUUCUAUCAGAUACCCUUUCUGCGUUAUGUGCUACUGAUUUUUGUUGAAACUUACCACAUUACUUGGAUUUUUUUUGUGCUACCGAUCAUUGCUCAUUGGGAUGAUUUUCAUUUAUUAGUUGAAUAUAACACCCAAUAUCUCAUAGUGCACGACUCUUGACCAGAGCUAACCCAGAGCUAACUAACCCAAUGUGGCUCUGGUCAAAAGUAGAGCGCUAUAUGGGAAAUAAGGUAUCAUUUGAAGGAGCCCUUAUUUGCCCUGGAUUAAGAUGAGGUGAUGAGCUUCUGUCGACUAGACUGCUUUCGUGUGUCAAUCAAUGUAUCUUCAACUGAUAAAUAUAUGAUAUGAUUUAUUCCCAUUGUUUGUUAAGUUAUCCUUUGAGGAAUACUGCCUUCCUUGGACGGUAACAGUCACUCGAUAACUCGUCCUCCAAUCACAAUCCUUCAGGUGCCACAAUGUCGGAGGAGGACGACGUGUUCUCAAAAUAUUGAAUAUGAAUUAUUAUUAAUGAACUGUCAAAAUUAGCCUGGCAAAUAAUGAUAUAUUGAUGAGUCAAAAAAAAGUGUUUCCUUGUUUCAUCGUGUUUUUUGUUGAUAUUUUGUUUGGUUUCUGUCUGUUCAACUGCCAUUUUUCAGUUUAUUGUUUAGGAGGGGUUUUCUGAGGAGGAGGAGGAGAAUAAAGAGCAGUGGAUCGUCAGUUUCAAGUUAUUUGUAGUACACUUCACCUUGUAAUCAUGGAAACUGCAUGGUACCUUAUGGCACUUAUGGCACAAAUUCCAAUAGAAUCGGCUACUAUUUGGUCUCGAAGGAUCCGUAGUUCUGCUAAUCGCUGAAACGACUGCCAGCAAUUUUGUUAUACCACUAUUAUUGGUAACAAAGAAACAAAAUACCAAAAAGUCACCAUGUAGUUUCUAUGUAAAUAACAGGCAGGUGUUCUGUAAAAACAUGCUACCGAUCAUUUCUGUGUCCUGUUUUUGAACCAUGUAGUCUUGAUGGCAUGACCUUACAGCUGAUCUGUUAAUAUGGAGAACGACCUCCGUAGGUGCGCUCUGUAUUUCCUUGACGUGUAUUCACAUUGCCAAAGACCAACUACUUCAUCAAUUCAUGUAAAUAUCACCUUGUCCAUUACUAUGACGAAAGUAUGUUUGUUUAAAAAAAAAUGGUUUUGUUUUUCCGAAGAAAACAAAAAGCUAACAUAAAGUUUCUGUGUUGUAUUGUCUUCCAGUUGCAAUAAAAGAAAACCGCAUUGCAAAAAGUUA